CUCCGACCCUCGAUUUUUAGCUAGUUUUCCUCACAGACGGUGUUCCAGCAUCCAUUUGAAAAGUGAUGCACUGCGCCAGCGCUUCCGCACUGUAGGAGGGAAGCGUUUGUCUUGCAUCUGUAUAGUAAAGUGAACCAUCCAUCCGACAAGUCAAAAGCUUGAGCUACUCGACUGUGACUUGAUUAGACGUUCACGCACAUUCACGAGCCACCCAACACAGUGACUCCCUGUUCAUAAGACUCCAGCCGUCAAUCACCGCCUACUUCCCGUCCGUUUCUGAUCUUUCUAUCACCAGUGAGCAAAAUCUGGCCCUCAGAAGGUUUGCACCCCCCAUCAGCUCGUGAUCUCUUUGUUUUUUUUGUUUUUUUUUGUGCCACCUCGUUUAUCGACUUUUGAGUCGGAUUGACGUCCACCUUGAAUAACAAUCUGCGCUCCAAGAUUCACCAGACAGCUUUUGCGAGAUAAAAACAUCCUAGUUUGAUACUUACGUGUCUACCGUCUCGUAGAGCACCAGGGUCACCAGGCUUUUGAUUGGGUACAAACUGACAUGAUUGUUCGCCCCAACGUUCAGACACUUUCGAGCUCUCGGUCCUCCUCGACUGCAACAAUGACUGACGAACGGCCACUCUGUUCAGACGCACAACAGUCAGCUACUCGAGACAUAAUUACUCCGCAUCAUCAAUUCGGGAUGGAUCGACUUUUGAGCAAUGAGAAAGAGACGCCAUCAGCACCACAAACGACGAUCGUUAAGACGACUACAUUGUGGAGACCCAUCGCUCUGGAUGCAGCAGAGUCCCCACCACCUCAGCCAACAAGCCCUCCGCUUUCCAUUCCUUCCAACGACAAGGUGUCGACGACACGAAAUUUCAGCGUCCGCUCGUUGUUGAGCGAAUCUGCCAGUUAUCGACAGGCCAAGGGAGAUGUGGUCAUCAUCGGAGAGACAUCUGGAAAUUACAAGAAUUUGGGCAACAUCAACGACAUUACGGCUCUCAAUCGCCGGAUGAACGAUGCUUUAUCGCGAAGACUCUCAUUGCUUAGCUACGGUUCUUUUCUUCCGCCGGAACUGGCUAAUAAAAAUCCAUUCAGUCCCAUUUCACCUACUGGGACAAAUUUUCUUCCGUUUGGGAUUGGACUUCCGUCGUCAGCUUCCCAGCAAACAUCGCAGCAAACGUCUGAUUCGCUCUUUAACCUCCGUCGGCUUCCGCACAACAACAGCCAACAGCAGCAACAUCCAUACCCUUUGGAAUGUUUCCAUCAGCGGGGAGGAUCCGUAUCGGGAGGAUCAGCGGGCGCUAAUAGCGGAAGCGUUGUUAACGGAUUGAACGGAUCCACCGAUUUCUCGUGCAUCAAGUGCGAGAAAAUGUUUUCGACUCCGCACGGAUUGGAAGUUCACGCCCGGCGGUCGCACAACGGCAAGAGGCCGUUCGCCUGCGACGUCUGCAACAAGACUUUCGGCCACGAGAUCAGCCUCAAUCAGCAUCGGUCCGUAUUUUGUAACCGGUCGCUGCACAAUACGGAAAAAGUCUUCGAGUGCCGACAGUGCGGCAAGACGUUCAAGCGGUCGUCGACGCUGUCGACUCACCUGCUCAUCCACUCGGACACGCGGCCGUAUCCUUGUCAGUAUUGCGGUAAAAGAUUCCACCAGAAAUCCGACAUGAAAAAGCACACCUACAUCCACACGGGUGAAAAGCCGCACAAGUGCGCGGUCUGCGGGAAAGCCUUUAGCCAAUCGUCCAACUUGAUUACCCACUCCCGGAAGCACACCGGCUACAAACCUUUCGCCUGCGACCACUGCGGACGAGCUUUCCAGCGCAAAGUUGACCUGCGGCGGCACCGCGAGAGCCAGCACGCCGAGCUCUAUCCAGCGACGACGGUUGUAGCCACAUCUUCCCACCAGCAUACGACCGCCUCGUCCAAUAACUCAUCGACAUCGUCGGUCGUAACUACUGCCACGGCUGUGGUUACAACCACUACGUCGAGCGCUUCUGCUGCGCUCCAUCAAAAUCAUCAACAGUCUGAUCGACAUCAUCAUCGUGGUCAUUCUACUGUGGCAGCGUCGACGCCAUCGGCCUCUGUCGUGGCCGCUGCCUUGGCCCAUUUCAACAGCUUCCAUUCGUCCUCGAAUAAAGAUCACUUGAGAGCGUUGAUAAACAGCAGUGAAGUCAAAAUGGCGGCUGCGGCCGCAGCAGCCGCCGGACUGCCGAACUUCCUCGCCAAUCAUUCUGCGUUUAUUGGCCAACAACAGGAUUUCAUGGCUAAGCAUCAUUUGCUGCAAGUGAAUCAAUCGGCUUGAAUUCCAAUAUCUUUUAUUGGGAUCGCAAGUCGCACUCCAGUUUUGUGGUAUUGACUCUUUUUUUCUUUUCGUUUAAAUUACGUCUGCGUUACGUUUUUUUAAUUGCCAGAUGAAAAGAUGAAAUGACGUCAGUUUUUAAUGAUGUGUUAAGUCCGAUAUUUGUUAGCGUGUAAUAUAAUUUCGUAGCUUUUCAAGGGUGUGAAUAUUUUUCUCGUCUCCUAUGCACUCUUUUCCAUCUCUCGCAUAAUUCGCAUAAUGUCACGUAGCAUACUUUGAUUGCACCAAACGUUAGCCAGCAGUGAUUGUCUAGCGCUAAAAAAAAAUUUAAUAUUUGUGGUUUCGUUGUUAAAAUUUUUCAUU